CAGCGAACGGAACAACAACGAGGAACAGGUGUGCCGUCAUGACGCCAAGGAGAAGUGGAAAACCAGCGUGGGAUCCGGUUUCCCAGAGCUGACGUCUCGUUGGUUCGGCAGGGAAAAUGGCGACGUCAAACAGCGUUGCAAGGUCGGGUUAGGCAGAGAUGCAUCAGGUCGGGCAAUGAGAUGUGUUGUCCAAAAGAGCUGCAGGUGGGAUUAUUUUUUCGGAGAGGGGUCUUACACCGGACCGGACAGCUCUGCCGGCACCCUUAGCUGGCCUGUGCUUUCUUCCCAGACUGCACUCGCCUCCAGAGAACGAGGGUCGGUGGAAAUGGUGGCAGGUAGGCUAGGGCCCCUGAUGAGGCCUUGGAGAGCCAAAUGUAUCCACGGUCUGAGUCUGUGGGGCGUUUUGGUUGAUGGCCCGCAGACAAGAUGUCGAGUGACUUCUUGCCUCCUCUGCAUGUCCCAGAGCCUGCCUCGGCGCCGGCUGUUGGCGGCUCAUACCCAGAAUAUGCAUGUUCAAAACUCUGUGGCUCUUGUUCGGCCCUGCCGCAUGAGGGUGCCGAAAGUCUUGGGACAUGAGCGGCUCCCGUUGCUGAAGACGCCGGCACCGUACCGAGGAUUACACAUGCUUUACCUCCGACCUCCGGGAGGAGACAGAGGCACCUUGACCGUCUAAGUAAGGCAAGUUGCGUAAAGUAGGCUGUGGAACCGUGCCCGUGUCAUGUACCAUUGAGAGGGGGCCGCCUAAGACGUGGAGGUGGUGGACGGUUGUAAAGUCUGAGACAUCUGGCUGAGUGCGCCGUGUAGAGUCGUUCCCGGGUGCCGGUUUGAAAUUGCGCCUGUUUGCCAGAAGCCUGCCCCGACAAUAACCUUGCCAGGG